CGCGGGGCGCGGGGGCGCGGGGGUGCAGGGGGAGGGCCGAGCCGGUCACCGCCCCCGGCCCCUCCCCGGCCCCGCCCCGCGCCGCUCCGACCGCUGGCGGCCCGGGGGCAGGCGCGCCGGCUGCAUCCCCAUCCUCGGCGUAGCCGGCACAGGCGCGGGCGAGUGGCGCGGGCGGCCGGAGCUCGGCGGGCGGAGCGCCAGGCCGGCCAUGGCCACUACCAGCACUACGGGCUCCACCCUGCUGCAGCCCCUCAGCAACGCCGUGCAGCUGCCCAUCGACCAGGUCAACUUUGUAGUGUGCCAACUCUUUGCCUUGCUAGCAGCCAUUUGGUUUCGAACUUACCUGCAUUCAAGCAAAACUAGCUCUUUUAUGAGACAUGUCGUUGCUACCCUUUUGGGCCUUUACCUUGCACUUUUUUGCUUUGGAUGGUAUGCCUUACAUUUUCUUGUACAAAGUGGAAUUUCCUACUGUAUCAUGAUCAUAAUAGGAGUGGAGAACAUGCACACGUACUGUUUUCUGUUUGCUUUGGGAUACCUCACGGUGUGCCAAAUUACGAGAGUCUACAUCUUUGAUUAUGGACAAUAUUCUGCUGAUUUCUCAGGCCCAAUGAUGAUAAUUACCCAGAAGAUCACUAGUCUGGCUUAUGAAAUCCAUGAUGGGAUGUUUCGAAAGGAUGAGGAACUGACUCCAUCACAGAGAGGUUUAGCUGUGAGGCGCAUGCCAAGCCUACUGGAGUACUUGAGUUACAACUGUAACUUCAUGGGUAUCCUGGCAGGCCCACUCUGCUCUUACAAGGACUACAUUACUUUCAUUGAAGGCAGAUCCUACCACAUGGCACAAUCGGGCGAAAACGGAAGAGAAGAAAUACAGUAUGGAAGAACAGAGCCGUCUCCAAAUAUCGCAGUUAUUCAGAAGCUCUUAGUCUGUGGACUUUCCUUAUUAUUUCACUUGACCAUCUCUAAAACAUUGCCUGUGGAGUAUAACAUCGAUGAACAUUUUCAGGCUACGGCUUCAUGGCCGACAAAGGUUGUCUAUCUAUAUGUCUCUCUUUUGGCUGCCAGACCCAAAUACUAUUUUGCAUGGACGUUGGCUCAUGCUAUUAAUAAUGCUGCAGGCUUUGGUUUCAGAGGAUAUGAUGAAAAUGGAGCAGCUCGUUGGGACUUAAUUUCCAAUUUGAGAAUUCAGCAAAUAGAGAUGUCAACAAGUUUCAAGAUGUUUCUUGAUAAUUGGAAUAUUCAGACAGCUCUUUGGCUCAAAAGGGUGUGUUAUGAACGAGCCUCCUUGAGUCCAACUAUCCAGACAUUUAUUCUCUCUGCCAUUUGGCAUGGGGUGUACCCAGGAUAUUACCUGACAUUCCUAACAGGAGUGUUGAUGACAUUAGCAGCGAGAACUAUGAGAAGUAACUUCAGACAUUAUUUCGUUGAACCUCCCCAAGUUAAAUUAUUGUAUGAUGUCGUAACAUGGAUAGUAACUCAAAUAGCAAUAAGUUACACAGUUGUGCCCUUUGUACUUCUUUCUAUAAAACCAUCAUUCAUGUUUUACAGCUCCUGGUAUUACUGCCUUCACAUUGUUGGUAUCUUAGUGUUGUUGUUGUUGCCGUCGAAAAAAACUCAAAGAGGAAAGAACAGACAUGAAGAUGUUCGGCUGUCACGAUCCAAAAAGUUUGAUGAAGGAGAAAAUUCUUUGGGACAGAAUAGCUUUUACACAACAAACAAUGUUUGCAAUCAGAAUCAAGAAAUGGCCUCCAGACAUUCAUCUUGAAAGCAACGAUGUGGAAAAUACUCUGACAGCUGUUUUUUGUAUGUUAACAGAAACCAAUCUUAGCACCUUUUCAAGGGGUUUGUGUUUAUUUGAAAAGAGAUUAAUUUGGGGGAAUUGGACAGUUAUAAAUAGGGAAUCUCCUGUGUACCAGAUUGGAAAUGGAGUAAAGAGCCCCUCCCAUGCCAUGUCCCUAUGGGCCACGCCUUAUAUAAAAUAUUUUCAUUAUUUCCAUGGGCACUCAGGACCUCAGCAUAUGUCCACAGGAUCACAUGUGUGCCCUGUUGCUGAAUGUAUGUUGCGAAUCCCAAGGCACUGAAGAGGUGGAAAAAUAAUUGUGUCAAUCUGGGUGAUUGAGAGAAAUUAACUUUUCCAAAUGAAUGUCUUGCCUUAAACCCUCUAUUUCCUAAAAUAUUGUUCCUAAAUGGUAUUUUCAAGUGUAAUAUUGUGAGGGCACUAUUUCAGUAUUUGAUAUUGUGUGCUAUAAAGGAAUUCUGGAGGAAUUUGAAACAGGAUAUUUAAGAUUGUGGAUAGUUUAAAAAUGCAAUAAACAUCUCAGUAUUUGAAGGGUUUUUUAAAGUAUCUCAGAUGACUACAGUACAUAGUGAAAGUGUAAACAGGAAUGGAUGCCAAAUUAUAGAUAGCUGAUUUUCCUGGAGAGGUUAAUUACCUUGUGUCAGUCAGAGAGUCCUUCAAGGAAGAAUUUCUUAAACAUAAUUAAAGGUUGGCGAUUUGAUACUUUAAGCUUAUUUUCUUAUAAAGAGAGCGAAAAAGAUGACGACGAAGAAAGGAAGGAAGGAAGGCAUGAAUGAAGAGAGCACUGUGUGACCUGGGGCCAGAGCCAGUGGCAGCCGUCACAGGGCACAGGUGCACAGUGCAGGGACCAGGUGCUCAGCAGGAAUGCUUUCCACCCUUAUUUAUCUGAGCUCUUUGUGAUUAUGUAAGACAUAAAAGUUUAAUAACUUUUUAAUAUGUUGGAUGUUUAAAUGAAAUUUAUCAAGCAUAAAUUAUAUGGAAUUAUAAAAGGAUUAUGAAAAUAAUAGUGGUAGAUUGCUUGAAGGUUUUGAAAGAGAAAUCACUGAGCAGGGUUACUGUCUAGCUAAUCACUUUCUUAUCCGUGACAGUUUAAUUCAAAUUUGAGUAAGUUUUAGGGAAAUGAGAACUUAAAGUCAUUGGGUUUGAACCACAUUUUUAGAGAAUAUAAAUUAGUUUCCAAGCUCUUCUCCCAUUAAAAUUCUGCUGUUAACUCUUGUUAAUGAAUUUUAGAUUCUGUAAGUAGAAAAAUGUGCUUUUGUCUUAUGGACCAUUUUUCAUCAUAAUCUCGCCUUGUAUUAGCAAGUAUCUCCUUUAAUCCCGCAGAGUCGUGUAAUGGCUGCAAUAGCCAAAAGCAGAAGUGUGGGGUGUGGGAUGUGAGGCUAGCCUGGCCACAGGUCAUAAAUCACGGGCCGUGAGAGUGACGGACGGGCAGGGCCUUCUGGCUUCACCUUUGUUUGAUCAGUCUUUUAUGGAAUUCAUUUUUUUUGCCUUAAAUUUUUUAAUGAAAUGCAAAUUGUCUGUGGUGGGUCUCUUUUCUUAAAAUUUUUGUCAUUAAUAAAUUUGCAAAUGAAGUUAAGGACAGAACAACUAUCUGGCUUAAGCUAUGUGAUAUUUCAUUUCAAGAUGAGAAAAGCACAUGGACUUGGAACUUUUGACAUCUUCAUCAGCAAAAAUGUCAACGUAUCUUUUUAGAACUUUGGAAAUAUCCUAGUCUUUGUUUAUAUGAAAUGUUUUUUUCUGAAGGUAAAUUUUUUCCACUUGAUGGGUUAGUCUUGCCCUGUUCUCUCCCAGGAAAAGAUACAGAGCUAAAUAAAUUUUCUCUAUUUUCUCCUAUGUCGAAAUUAGGCUAGUUCUGUAAUGUGAGAGGAUAGAAAAGAGUAAUCAUGGAAAGUAUCAGGCCCCCAAAAUGUCUCCUCAGUUUAAUUAAUGCUGCAGAGAAUCUGAUCACUAUUAAGGAAAAGUAAACAAAUUUAGAGUUUAAAAGACAAGCCUAGGCAUGUCGUAAGGGAAAACAAGAAAGCUUAAUAAAAACUUUCUUUUUGUUCGGCCUAUCUAACCAUUUACAAAUAAUCACCAUUUAUUUCUAUUACCUGACUGUAUUUUAUUUCUCAGCCUGUAACUCUAAAAUCACUGUUGUCUGUUUCUUGCUCAGUGAACAUAAUCAUAGCACUACCAUCCAGAAAGCAACAUGAUUGAUGAAUUCUCCGUUACUUUGAAGAUAAUACAUUAUAUAUACAGUUUGACUGAUUUUCAUCCCCCUGGAUAACUUGUUUUUUGUAUGAAGUGGUUUUUGGAUAGCUUUUCUCUAAUUUUGGAGAAAUUAUAAUCACAAGUAUGCAAUCUAGAAGAAAAACUAAAGAAAUAAUUCUAAUUUUCAGCUUGACUUUUCUCCUCAAGAAAAAACUUUUUGUGCUCUAUAAAGUGAAUAUAUCUACCUGGAGUGUUUAAGGAUUAAUACUAAUACUUACAGUAGAAGAGUUGAAAAGUGGUUUAUCUCUACUACUGGUAAGUGUAAGGGAGUGCUUCCUUCUUAAUCAACAGAAUAGGAUUCAGUGCAUAUGUGUAUUAUUUCUCCCCUCUCCAGUUGUCCUGAAACCACUCCAGAGAUGAUCAGUCAACAUCAUAUUUAUACUUUUGGUUAAUUAUUAUACUACUCAGGGAAACAAUGAACGAAAAUAAUUAUUCUUCCCUCAACUUCAUUUUUUUGAAACGGUAACAGUUUAAUUUGAUGUGUCUCAGCUGUCACCAUUUCACAAGUGGCUUAGUCUCGGGUUUUAAAAUAAGCAUUUUUAUUGGAACUCAGGAUAACCGGGGAAAUUUAUUUAGCUUCUAAAAUGUCUAGAAUAAUAGAGAAGGUUUAUUUGGCUUCACAAAUGUCCUUCCACCAUUUACGUGGCCACCAUACUUUGGGGUAAAAAGUAUUUUUGUUAUUGAUCCCUGCCAUGUGUGACAUGCGCAUACAGAAUUUCCAGAUACCAGUUUUGAGAAAAACUUGCAGUGAAGAGAAUGGUUCUAAAAAGUGACGUUAACUUAGGUUGAAGCACUGAUUGUCCUGGGACGAGACCUGGGUCUUCAUCUGGCUCAGUCAUCAAUGAGCUUAUGUCCUCUAGAGGAAAGUUCCUUAAGAAGCCCAAAGGGUCGGUUCUGAACGUUUGUGCCCAGCUGUGUUUGUAAUGAGUGGAAGCCUCAGCAAGAUCCGUAAGAGUCACAGACAAGGGCGGGUUCACAACCGGGACUGUUGUCAUGGCCAUUUACUUUUAUUACUUGAGCUCGAAGUCCUGACGUUUCAGAAGAUGUUCAUAGCAACAGAAGAAGGAAAACUUUUCAAUCCAUAAACCAGAAGGCGUGGCAGCACACCAUUUCUACUGAAGAUAGCCCCUAACAUGAGUCUUUCCUAAUGAAAUUGUCUCUGCUGAAGAAAAUAUAUUUUCCUUUUACCUUCUUUGCUUUUUCGGUUUCUGUUUGUACUAUGUAAAACUGAAGAAGAUAUAUGCUAAAAAAUACUUUAUGCAAAUUACCAACUUCACUGGGCAGGGUUUACCACCAUGUAAGUUCUCAAAUAUUAUUUUAUUCAAAGAUAUUUAAAGCAUAUUUAAUUUAAUUGUACCUAUUUUAAACUAUAGAAAAAAUUACUUAAAAUUUUUGCCAUUAAAAUAAUUACAAAAUUUAGACUUUUAUUCAAGGACUAGAUUACUUAGGACAAAAAUCUUUCCUAUUUAAAAUUCAUACCUUGUAAAUUUUAAUUUGUAUAUUCAUGAAUAACUCUGGACAUUUAUACUUUUUUGUUUCCUCCUUAUUAUAAAUCGUUCAGAAUUACUAGUUAUUGGUUUUAAGAGUUCUACAUUGUAAUUGAAAGAAAAAAUUACUUGAGAGAAUAAUUGUUUCAGAAUGGUGCCUGUUAUUGCUGUGUCAGUGAAAGAUUUGUCCAGAGUUUUAGAUACAAACCAGUAUUUUGUGGAGUUUUCUUCAGCCACUAAUAGUCCAUCCUGGCUGAAAUUGAAUAUAUCAGAUUUAACAUAGGUGCAGAAUUCUGACUAACACUGUGAAAUGUGAUCUCCACUGCCCUGCAGGACUUUCUGAAACUGUUACACUGCCCAGUGUGCAUUUAAUGAACGGCUGAUCGUUUCCAUACUUAUCUGAGAUGCUGAAAGUUCUGCUUUCCACAGCUCUUCCUUGCAAAAGUGGGUUUGUAUCAGUGCACCUGAGGGGAAAGAUUUGCAUUUAAAAAAAGAAAUUCCACUCUGAAAUUUGGAUUUGAAAGAUUGGAAUGUAGAGAGGGUGUCUACAGUGUUUUUCUGCAGCACCAGGUAGUCAGAUCUAUUCAUAGUAACUCUCAUCGCAGAGUAAAAUUUAAAAUGAAAUUUUCCACGUUGGUAUUUUGUAGGAAUGCUCUUAUAAUCCAGGACUAAGCUGCUUUUUGAGGCUCUUGUUGUACAGAGGAUGUAGCCAAUUACAUUUUAAUUGGUGGGCUGUUUAAUAAUGUUUUUAUAUGUUUUAAAAUAUUUAUUUUAAUAAGUUUUUAACAUUAUGCAAACCCCUGUAAAGAACUGACAAGCUCUAUAGGUCAUUGAUCUGAAACGGAGUCUAAAGACACAUUUUUAUGCUGACUAAUUUGUUUUGCCUUUAAAACUGCUUAUAACUACAGUCAUGCGCCACAUAACGACGUUUCAUCAAGGGCAGACCACAUGUACGACCGUGGUUCCAUAAGAUUAGUGCCAUACAGCCUAGGUGUGUAGGAGGCUGUACCUAGGUUUGUGUAAGUGCACUCGAUGGUGUUCCCACAAUGACAAAAUCGCCUAAUAAUGUACCUCUUGGAAUGUAUCUCCAUCGUUAAGCAACUGUUUGCUGUUUCUUCUAGUGUACAUUUUAUAAAGCAAAAAAACAAAACAAACCCCCAAGACUGUAUGUUCUAUAAAUAAUAGGAUAAAGAUCCACGUAAACCAGUCUAAAGCUUUCUCAGUGAUGCAUAGCCGUCUGUCCAGUCAUGUUUUUAUCAAAUUUUGCUACUAUAAAAAGAAAUGGAAAUAGAAUGAAAAACCCAAAGUUACAGAGCAACAUCAGUAGAAUGACUGACUAACCGUUUUCUUAAUAACGUGUUUGAAAUGGAAAAAGUGACCAACUGCCUUUUACUGGAGUCGUGAAUGGCUGUAUCCUGCCCAGUCUCUAUUUUGGGAAAACUUCUUUGAGAAAUUGGUUUGUUAAUGUUCCUUUUAAUCCUUUCCUGCUAAAGGACAAACACAUGUAAAGAGUUUGACAGACUUUUAAAAUAUGCCUCUUUCCCAAUUUUAAGUGUUUUUGGUUCUGUGUAUAUGAAUUCGUCAGUGAAGUUCAUUUGCUCCUGAGUUUCUAUCACAAGGAGAGAAGAAACAAACAUCCAACACAAAUGUGUUCCAAACAGUCGUCUCCAUCUUCCGGCACCCGUAUGCGACUGCCUCGCCAAACAAGAAGAUGCACUACAUAGAGCAAUAAGAGUGAAAGUAAGACUAAUUUAGAUGAAGCAAGAAAAACCCUUCUGCAUACAGAGUGGAAGUGUGUGAUUUCAUUCCUGCCUUCCUUUCGAAGUUCUCUCUCGAUCUCUGCCUAGGAGUGGUUGAGCAUCGUUACCCAAAUGUGAGGAGGGUCCCUCAUUUGCCUUCCCUGGGUGAGAAUAGAAUGUGGUGUUCUGUGCUUUUUGUUUUUAUUAUUCCAAAAUAUUUUUUUAAAGAAGUGUUAUUUUUCAACAGAUCCAUAAAUUAGUUCUUGUUGUAUGGUGAAUUUAAACUACCACUGUGUCAGUUACACUGUGAUGUGAUAAUUUCAUAACCACUCAUUUCUAGUGUCUGUCCUCAGAGCUGCACUAGUGGCUUAUUGCUGGGUUUUAAAGAUGUUUUUAACUUACAUAUAAAUGUUUUUUUUUCUAAUUUGUGUGUCUUUAAGACUGAUUAAACAGUAGUUUAAAAAUA